AUGUCAGAGAUUCCUAUUCAUUUUCGACACUGCAUUUUGUAUGAGUUCCAAUUAGGGAACAAUGCAAGUGCAGCUGCCCGCAAUAUAUCUGCUGCACUUGGUGAAGGUGCUGUUGCUGAUCGAACGUGUCGAGAUUGGUUUAAAAGAUUUCGUGAAGGUGACAUGUCAUUAGAAGAUCGUCCGAGAUCUGGACACCCUCUCGAGUCUAAUAUUGAACGAUUCAAAGUCCUGAUCGAAGACAAUACACGAUUAACCACUCAUGAAUUGUCAGCAAUGCUCGGGUGCAACCAAUCCACCAUUGAUCGCCAUUUGCGUAAAAUGGAAAAAGUUAAUAAACUUGGAACAUGGGUUCCACAUCAAUUAACCUCGGACAACGUAUAG